UGUCUUCAUUUUAAAUGAGAAACAACAUCCCUCCUUCUCUAUUCUUUCUAUCUACUUUCCACUCUCCAGUAUAUAUAUACCUAUGCACAUAUGACAUAUUUUCCAAACAUCAUCACAAAGUUGCAUUUCUUAACCAAUUUGUUCUUAUCAAAUGAAUCCUACUAUUUCCUCUUCAUAUUCUUUAGAAAUCACCCUUAAAUCAGCAGAAGAAUUAAUCAUAGGAAAUCAUAAACCCAUUAAAAAGAAUGUUUUUGUUUCGAUUUCUACAGAUAAUCAAGUUUGUAUGAACAAAUUACAAACCAAAUUAUCUGAUGAGGCUAACAAUGGCAAACCUACAUGGAAUGAGAAGCUGUUAAUGACCACUUCCAAAAAUGCGAAUUUUGUUCAUUUGGAGGUUUAUUACAAGAAGAGAUCAAGUGAGAAGUUUAUUGGUAUAGCUAAAGUUCCAACUUCAGAUUUUAUUGGUAAAAACAUGCCUUUAAACUACUUACAUUGCUUAAGUUAUAGAUUAAGAGAUCAAAAUGGUGCACCAAAUGGGAUAAUUAAUUUUAGUGUGAUUGUAAAAAGUAAAUUAGAUUGUCAUAGUGAUGAAAGUUAUAAUUACAGAGAAGAAGUUGAUAUACAAGGAUUUAAUAAUAGAGGGAAUUAUUAUGGGCCAAAACCAUGGGUUGGAACAUCGUCGUUGUUAGGUGGUGGCAGAAGGAAAUCUAGUGCUGCUGUUGUUGGUGUUCCUGCAGCGUGGUACAAUUCAUGUCAUGCAUGAUGUGCAGCAAAUCAAACAAAUUAUAAUCGAGUGGUCUUGGCAUAGUGGUUACUCACUUUUUCUCUUAACCAAUUGUUCGGGGGUUCAAUCUUCAACCUUUGAGAAUGGAAAGAGAUUUUUGGUCAGCCUUUUACCCUUAAGUGGAGCACCCGGGGUGAGGGGAUUAGUCACUGCUAUCGACGGUGUUGUGUAUACCUUGGUUGUUCACAAAAAAAUCAAAAAAUUACUAUAAAAGUACAUUAAUAUUAUUAGUACAACAGUAAUCAUUCUUUAUAUCAUUGUUAUUGUGUUAUGGCGAAGGCCAAGGGCACGCAAUAGAAAAUCUAUCUUUAUUGGAACCAAAUUGAUUAUAUAUAUAUGGAUUCUUUCACA